AUGGCCAGAGACACGGAAACGCCCUACAAGCUUGAUAAGCCAGAAAAGCUCAACGAUCUGCUCCGAGCCGACGGCGCUGACGACUGUGCUGGCUGCAGAAUUGUCGGUGGCGGUGCUUUCCUCGGCCUCGGCGCAUACAGCUACUUCUCCGGCAUGUCGCAGAUCGAACAACAGCGCGCAAAGAUCAUCGCGAGUAAGAGCUUUCUCGGUGUCCGGAGCAGGAAGGCUGGAAUUGUGGCGACGAGCUUGGGACUGGUCUGGAUGGGCAUUUAUAGGCUGGUCAUGUGA